AUGUACUGCCAGAAAUGCCGCACGCCGUUGAAGCUCGACGGCUCCCUGGAGUCGCUCAAUCCCGCAGCUUUUGAUUUGCUCGUUGGUUCUACAGGGAAAUCCCUCCCAGAGCAUCCGAACAAUUCACCCUCUCACCGACCACCAUACCCUCCCGAGCGACGGGAGCUCUACGAUCGGGCUUCUCGUCACGCUUCGACACCAGUCUACAGGAGAUCCAUACCGCCUCCACGCCAUGCAUCAACAGGCUCGCCCACCCAUCCUCGACUGGGACGAGGAGACAGCGGCGGAAUGUCCUUUGUCAUGCUCACCGAGUCCCAGGUUGCGCCGCCACAGACUCCCGGUGCGAAUGGUGACACCAAUGGACAGGGCGUUGAUGGCAGUUCGCAGGACGGCGAAGAUAAGUCUUUUUCCAGCCAAGUAGAGAGAGCGACGCGACUGUUCGAGAUCCUCUCCGCCCGUUCUGAUAUCGACCAUCCGAUCUGUGUCGAAUGCACCGAAAUGCUGGUGGACGGGCUGCAAAAGAAGCUGGCAGCCGCGACGAAAGAGCGCGAUGCUUAUAUUUCAUUCCUGAAGUCGCUCAACGCAACUGUUCCAUCUCAAGAGGAGGUGGAAGCGGCAGAGAAAUCGCUGAAAGAGACGUUGGAGGCGGAGGCCGCGGCGUACGAGGAGCUGCUCGCGCUGGAGAAGGAGAAGGCUGCGGUAGACCAGGAAAUUGCCGAACUGGAAGAGGAGGCGCGCCGACUGGAUUUAGAAGAAGAAAAGUUCUGGCGCGAUCGAAAUGCGUUUGCGCUUACUUUGUCAGAAUUUCAAAACGAACGCGAUGCACUCAACAUGCGGUAUGAUCAUGACUCCCGGCAGCUCGAGCGGCUCCAGCGGACCAACGUCUACAACGACGCGUUCUGCAUCGGACAUGACGGCUACUUUGGGACGAUCAAUGGGUUGCGCCUGGGUCGUCUGGCCAAUCCAUCGGUAGACUGGGCUGAGAUCAAUGCUGCUUGGGGUCAGACUGCACUCCUGCUGGCGACGAUCGCUGAGCGGCUGGGAUUCCAGUUCAAGGGUUAUCGCCUGAAGCCGAUGGGAUCAACAUCAAGGAUCGAGAGGAUCGAGUAUCCGCCGGAGACAUCUUCAGACCAUGCUGCCGGAGGUCAGAAAUCAUCACCAGCGCCGAAAGUAACUACUUUGGAUCUCUUUUCAUCAGGGGAUCUGCCACUCAACCUUCCUUGGCUACACCGCCGCUUUGACGCGGGCAUGGUUGCGUUUCUUGAGUGUCUCCGCCAGCUGGGCGAGUACGUUGAGCACACUCCAGUCCCUGUCACUUCUCGUCGAGGACACACUGGCGUCACCACGUCUGGCCUGAAGCUCCCAUAUGAAAUCAAGCGGGACCGGAUUGGCGAUGCCAGUAUCAAGUUGGGUUUCAACCAAAACGACGAGACGUGGACGCGUGCCUGCAAAUACACGCUUACCUGCUGCAAGUUUCUCCUCGCGCAUGCCAGCAACGUCGCGAGUGCGGGUGCUAGCAAUUCAGCCGCGGUAGCAGCGGCAGCUGUAUCUACCACGCAGCAAGGGGACAGUACGGGUCAGAAUCCAACCAAGAAGUAG